AUGGUUGUAUUGGGCUUGAUUUUGUUCUACUUGUUCCGAACUGAGAAAUCUCCCUCUGCUGAAUUCUUUAACGAUAUUCUCAUUGGUCAUAGAGGUUGUCGUCAUAUUAAAACUCAAAACAUUCCAGAAAACUCUCUGAGUGCUGUCCGUUACUCUAUUGAACAUGGCAGCGAAGGAGUUGAGUUGGAUUGUCAAUUGACCAAGGACGGUCAUAUUGUUGUUUUCCAUGAUACCUUGUCCAUGGGAAGAGUAGCGUAUGGUAUUGGCCCAAAGGAAGGAAAAACCGAUGUUGGAAUUGGUAAUCUCACUCUUGAAGAAAUCAAGAAUCAUUACAGAUAUAUUGAUGAUGAUAGUGGAGAGGAAACCAUUCCAACGCUCGAAGAAUACAUUCAAUUUGUAUUCAGUUUGGACCCAAAACAGGUCAUCAUGAUUGAGGUCAAACAGUAUUCUCGAUUGGCUUUGAUGGCAGAAAAGCUUGACGAGCUCUAUCACAAGUAUCCACAAUUGUACACUCAAUCUACAGUUGCUUCUUUCAAUCCUGCUUUGCUCUAUGUGGUUCGUAAGAGAAAUCCAAAAAUUGUGACCAAUUUACUUUUUAAGAGAGGUCUUUUUGCUGACUGGAUGAAACACAGCGUUCCAAAAGUGAAAAAGAACGGACCAGGUCUUCAAAGAGUUUAUUCUGGAGACUUUCCAACAAUUUUACAAGAAAUUUCAGAAGGUUCUUCACGUAACCUGAAGGACAAGAUUACCUACAACUCUCUCAAAUUGUUGACAUCCAUGAUUGACUUUUUAUGGUAUCAAGCUAACACGACAGUUGUACCUGCCUUUAUUGGUGCUGCCGUAUUGGGCUUUGACACAAGUCUUGCUCAAGUAGAGUACCUUCAACAAUUGCAAAAGAGAGGUUAUGUGACCAACGUAUGGGUUGUGAAUGAUGAAAAAUUGAAAAAGACCCUUUUGGAUAAUUGCAGGCUUGCUCUAACCACUGAUUUCCUUUUCCCUAAGGCUGAUUAA